AUGUCCAAAAAGCAGGAAUAUAUCGCGCCAAUCAAAUAUCACAACAGCUUGCCUGUACCACAAUUACCGCCUAAACUUCUAGUUUACCCAGAGGAUCCGGAAACCAAUCCAGACUCCUCCCAAUUAAUAGAUUCGCUAUACAUCAAAACUAACGUCACUAAUCUUAUUCAGCAAGAUGAAGAUCUAGGUAUGCCGGUUGAUUUGAUGAAAUUCCCAGGCCUAUUGAACAAGUUGGAUUCUAAACUGCUGUACGGCUUUGAUAACGUCAAAUUGGACAAGGAUGAUCGAAUUUUGCUGAGGGACCCGAGAAUAGAUAGGUUAACCAAAACUGAUGUAUCCAAGGUUACUUUCUUAAGACGUACUGAGUAUGUGUCCAACACAAUUGCAGCUCAAGACUCCACGUCUCUGAAGAGGAAAAGGCGUUUGGAUGAUGAAGAAUCGGAUGAUGAUAACCUUGAUGUCAAUCAUAUAAUCGGUAGAGUAGAGGGAACAUUCAAUAAAACAGAUACAUGGAAGCAUCCAGUAAAAAAGGGUGUCAAAAUGGUCAAAAAAUGGGACUUGUUGCCCGACACGGCCUCAAUGGACCAAAUAUAUUUUAUCUUGAAAUUUAUGGGCAGUGCAUCUUUGGAUACUAAGGAAAAGAAGGCUUUGAAUACAGGUAUAUUCAGACCAGUGGAACUGGAAGAGGAUGAAUGGAUUUCUAUGUAUGCCACUGAUCAUAAGGAUUCUGCCAUUUUGGAGAACGAAUUGGAAAAAGGAAUGGAUGAAAUGGACGAUGACUCUCACGAAGGUAAGAUAUACAAAUUUAAAAGAAUAAGGGACUAUGACAUGAAACAAGUGGCUGAAAAGCCAAUGACGGAGCUAGCUAUUCGAUUGGACGAUAAAGACGGUGUAGCUUACUACAAACCUUUACGUUCCAAGAUCGAGUUGAGGCGUAGGAGGGUAAAUGACAUCAUUAAACCGUUGGUGAAAGAACACGAUAUAGAUCAAUUGAAUGUUACUGUAAGAAAUCCCAGCACCAAAGAAGCUAACAUAAGGGACAAAUUAAGAAUGAAAUUUGACCCUAUAAAUUUCGCCACCGUAGACGAAGAAGACGAUGAAGAGGAGGAACAACUAGAAGACGUUAAGAAAGAAUCAGACCGUGACUUCGAAAAAGAAGAACCUAAAGAAGAAGAAGAACCUACUCAAGAAGAGAAGCCUGUUGUUGAUACAUCUGAAACUUUAGAUACUGCUACCACUGAGCAAGCGCCAGAGGGAGAAAAGAAAACUUUGCAAGAAGAAUAG